AUGGCAGAAGAGAAAAAAAAUCCUAGCUCAUGCCGGCUUGUCUUGGUUGGUCGUUUCCUCCUGCUCCUCUUUCAUGAUCUGUCUUUCAUGGCCAUUCCUUCAGUGGCUGGCAAGAUCCCCACCUCACCCUCCAUGUUCCCUGCAGGUGGCAUCUUAGCUGCUAGAGUGUGGAGCUGGCCUAUGGGAGCCAAACGUGACCAGUUCACGCAGGGGAAACUUGAACAUUCGCAGGCACACCAGAGGCCAGCAUCCUGGCCGAGUGUGGGAGCUGCGUACUGCAGUACGGUUGUGCCCUCUGAUGACGUGACGGUGGUUUAUCAGAAUGGGUUGCCGGUGAUAUCCGUGAGGCUGCCAUCUCGGCGUGAACGCUGCCAAUUCACACUCAAACCUAUCUCCGACUCUGUCGGUGUGUUUCUACGACAGCUGCAAGAGGAGGAUCGGGGGAUCGACAGGGUUGCCAUCUACUCGCCAGAUGGCGUCCGAGUUGCUGCCUCCACGGGAAUUGACCUCCUCCUCCUCGAUGACUUUAAGCUUGUCAUUAACGACUUAACCUACCACGUGCGGCCACCAAAGAGAGACCUCCUAAGCCAUGAAAAUGCAGAAACCCUGAAUGAUGUGAAGACGCUGGUCCAGCAGCUCUACACCACGCUGUGCAUCGAGCAGCAUCAGCUCAACAAGGAGCGGGAGCUCGUGGAGAGGUUAGAGAACCUCAAGCAGCAGCUGGCCCCCCUGGAGAAGGUACGAAUCGAAAUCAGCAGGAAAGCCGAGAAGAGGACGACGCUGGUGCUAUGGGGUGGCCUGGCCUACAUGGCCACACAGUUUGGCAUCUUGGCCCGGCUUACCUGGUGGGAAUACUCCUGGGACAUCAUGGAGCCGGUCACCUAUUUCAUCACCUACGGAAGUGCCAUGGCCAUGUACGCGUAUUUCGUGAUGACGCGCCAGGAAUAUGUUUAUCCAGAAGCCAGAGACAGACAAUACUUAUUAUUUUUCCAUAAAGGAGCCAAAAAGUCACGUUUCGAUCUAGAGAAAUACAAUCAACUCAAGGAUGCAAUUGCUCAGGCAGAAAUGGACCUUAAGAGACUGAGAGACCCAUUGCAAGUACAUCUGCCCCUCCGACAGAUCGGAGAAAAGGAUUGAUCUGCGCAGAGCGUGAAUCCCGGCAGAGAGGACGCCUGUUUCUAACUCAUGCCUUUUUAAUCCAAGCAUUGCAGGUGGAAGCGGGGGCCAUGUGGGGGAGAGGGUUUUUACCUUUAAUUCUAAAACAAAACACAAAAAGGAUCUUAGGGAAGAAAGGGACGUUAAAUUCUGAGACUCAGGCAUGGCGGAGUACAGUGCAAAGGCCUUAGUGAGUCUUGUCUUGAGCAUCUCGUUUCCAGAUGAGAGUGAUGCAGCUACAGCUGAGAGAACGAAGCAAGGGUGAUGUUGGGGUGUUUGUUUCUUGCAUCUUUGCAAGGUCUGCAAAACACUAACACACCAGCACCCCACUCAGCUCUAGUUUUGUUUUUUGCUUUUUUUUUAAAUUUAAGUUUCUUAUUUUUGACAUAGGAAUAAAUACCUAUAUAAGAAAGCAAAUCCUUAUGAAUUGUGGUUGGCAGAGUCUGAGCCAGUAAGGCUAGCCUUCAUCUUAAGCUGGACCCAGUCUCUGUGAAGUUACCAGGAAUUUCUCCACCCCGGAUCCCUUUUCUGACCAGCUACCUACUUAUGUAUACCUGCUGGUUACACUACUUUUAUCCAAAUAAUCAUUGAAAUCAACUUAGGACUGUUUGAUGAUUGGCAGUUGAAUUAUGUUGUCUUGAGUUCUCAUGUCUAUCUCCCAGGGUUCUGAAUGGCUAUCUAGAGAUCACUGGCAAUACUGCAUGAGGUUUUAAUUGUAUUUGUUUUAUUUUUUUUACUAAUUAACCUUCAAAGGAGAAAAAGAUCCUCUCCUUUGUAUACCGCUCCCAUUGAUAGCCCACACUUCUUCCACAUCACAGGUCAGAGGGCCAGUGUUCAUCUGUGUUACCAAACUUGGAGGAUGUAAGGUUUACAAAUCAGCUAAACAUCAUGGCUCUAGGGCUGAUUCAGAGCCAGGAUAACCUUGGCUAAUCUAAGACACACACUUCCUCACCAUUGUGAGCCCUCCCAACUCCACUCCAGUUGCUGAAACCCAGGGCGGAUCUCAAAGGGUGCAAUUAUCUUUAUACAGGAGUACCUUUCUAUGGCUUUCUUUAGCCUACCUUCUCCACCCUGUUUCUUUUUGUCUUAAAUGAGAGACAGAAGAAUUAGUCUUAUACUCUGCAGAACGUUUUCUACCGUGUUUCCAGAUGGCACCUGCACUUGAAAAGCCAGUCAAAUCUCUCUCUACUGUCCUCUGUUUUUAACUGUCCCGGGGGCAGGACAGCAAGAAUGACAGGGGCUUGCCGCACAGCUGAUUGGCUUUUGGCUUCUGUUUCCUUCACACGUUUCAUCCCUCCUCGUGGGGCAAGGGGUUGCUUUUGGGAUCAUUGUGUACGAAAGAAAACCUUCAAAUGACAAACCUAGACUCCAGGUGCCUUGCAGAGGUCGAAGGCCAGCCAGGACUGCCGCUUCUGCCACCACCCUCCACCGGCAUGACGGAGCGAGCGAGAGGAUGCAUGUCUCAGUCCCCAGCCUCCUACUUCCUUCCUGUUGUUCAGGCUUUCCCUCGUUCCUUUUUGUUGUGUGGAUUAUUUUUAAACCGCUCAUCCUGUUUGUGUGCAGGGUUCUUAAGAAGGAAAGGCACAGUGCAAUGAGUGAGUCCUCUGGGUGGUGUGGGAGGCAAGGGGGGGCGAGCAAAAUGUCGAACACAUGUACAAUCCUGUAUCAUUUAUGAAAUAUGUAUAAAAAGCAAUGUACCUUCUGGAACAAUAAAUACUUAUUCAAUUUUUGAA